UUCUUCUUGUUUUUCAAUCUUUCCAAUUUUAUGUCUUUAAUUCCCCUAUAGUGUCCAUGAUUCAGAACAUCCGGAAACCAAUCGGAUAUCAUGCAAUUCAAACGUCUUCGGCAGAAGUGCUAAAAGCGACGCGCGAAUUAAGAACAUCUCCGUUUCCGGGUCACGGCUCAAGGCUGUAACGAUUCGUUUGUGUUCAUGUUUUGUUUGUUCGUUGAAACAGUCCUAAUAACUUCGAAAUGCGAUCAGUGUAGAGAAGAUUUAUGGACGAAAAAAACGAUGGUUUCGAUUCGUUGUCAAAGAAAUGAAUCAGUUGGUUUUCACCGCGAUCGAACGUUUUGUGUUUACUUAAUUCAGUACCGGUGUCGUUUCAACAACGCAGAAUGUACUUAACGCAGCCAGAAGUCUCUUUCAUUUGCGACAUUGAGUCUGAAUUAUUCACUGAUUCUGCUGAUGUUCUACACCGCCAUGGAUUAAAAAAAAAGAAAAAAAACGAGUUGCCAAAUUCUCCAUUUGCAGCCGACUUGUGUAUAGUCGUUUUGCUGUGGAGUUAAUACACUAAUUUUGAAAAAUGCAAUUCAGUGAACUAAAGGUAAAUUUCGGAUUUCCGUUUGGCACCACCAGAGACAGUUUCCUGUUAUAGCUAUUGUUAUAGCUAUAAAUUAAUUGUAUGGAUUACAUUCAUUCGCUCAGCUAGCAUUUUCGUCUGAAGUUACGCAAUUUCAUGCUUACACGAAUAUGUUCUUCGUCCAUACAGUCCUUAAAUCCGCGACAUGGUUCAGAUUUUACGUCAUCUGUCAGUGCCCGUGUAGAAGCCAAAGUCCAGCGUUUAACUAAUGUGUUCGACAAUCACAUCACAAUGACAUACUUUUAAUGAAAUUGUGUAAUCUAUUAAGGUACAGAAGGAGGCCUUUUUAAAGCAAUAACACACAGACAGCUCUGUAACAUACGUUGAAAACUCAACUGUCGUGUAUACAACGAAAUGCAAAAAUUGCUCCUUGCAUUGUAACGCGACACGACUCGGCCAUUGCUUCAGACUCAUUUAGAAAAUUUAUUCUGUAGACGUUUCUAGGUAUUUAGCUUGUUUUUCUCGAAGAAUCCCAACAGAAUGGAUUAUAAAAUGACAGCUAACAACUGACAAUGUACGGACAUAAGUGUACAUAUAGUUUUAUUCUUUUGUAUUGUUAACCUUAGAAAGUUUAUCCAAACGUAAACAUAGGUCCAUUUUGCAUAAUAAUACUUCGGUAAGAGACUUCUGAGAAAUGAAUAGGUUUCCCUGAAAAGAAACUUCAAAAUGGAAUCCGCAGUCCCCAAGAAAUCAUGACUCAACGAGUGAUGCCGUAAACACAGAUCACGUGUCCAGUACAAUAUGUGGCGAAGAUAUCACAAAUAGAAGUAUCGAAAUUCCGUGAAAUACUUCAGCUUCCUUGACUUGUAAAGGCAAACGGGCGCCUCACAAACACACUAUUGAGUCGGCUUCGAGGAAAUACCGUAAAGCAACACAGGCAAGAUGACUGAAGUACGACAAAGUUUUUCGCAGCAAAAUCAAUCUCUUCGAUGGAUGAAGACUUUUGUCGGUGUGAUUAUCGCUGGCUCGUUGUUGUUUGUCUUGUUCAAAGAACUACACUCGUUGUCCAAGGGCCUGGAAGAAUCGAGCAAAUCGCUGGAAGAAUUGUCCAACAGACUGGCGGAGGAAGAGCAAAAGAACGAGAAAUUACGUAAAGAGCUCGGACGUGUCAAGGAGAAGAUGGACAAUAUACUGCAAGUGUUUUCAAAUAUGCAAAAGGUCUCCCGAGACAAAAGAGAUAAAGACAAACAUGAUAGCAGUAAGAAGUGUAAGAGAUUAAAGCAUUGUGCAGAGGAGCUUAAGAAAGAUGUCAAUUGCACCAUGAUAAAGAACUGUAUGCCAAGCCGUGGAAAAGAUUUUAUCCACGCCUAUAUACUGACAGCCCACACUCUUCAAGCAACAAAAAACAGCACGAAUUAUAAAGAUGAUUUGACGGCCCAGUUGUCUUGGCAGAGUUACCUUUCCAGUGAUAACAAUGUAGUAUCCAAGGCAAAGUUUAAUAUUUCUACAGGCGGUAUAUACUACGUUUAUUGCCAUUUAAGGGUAGGUAAGCCCGUCAAUAGAGUUGUUAUAAGAACAAGUUCUUCUGAAUUGUUCUCUACAUUGCCAGCAUUUACCAGUAACGGGACUGACGUUAUGCGAAUGUCUGGACUUGCCAAGAUACCCAGCUAUGCGUUAUUAUAUGUGGAAAUAGAAUUCGACAAGUCAGUCCUUAAAGACAAAGACACUCUCCAAAGUAUGGAUAAACUAUUCCCGGACUAUUUUGAAAAGGAGAAGAGUCCAAACAGCUUUGGAAUGUUUUUGGUCAGCUGAAACAAAAGCUUACAGUUAUCUUUUGCUUUGAAUUUGUAAUCGUUGUCGGAACAAGCAAGCUCCCACAACAUAGUCAAAAAAUCAGAGGAAAACUAAUUGUUCACUUUUUUUCCGUCGAAUCAAAUACAAGACCAAAGCCGAUCGUGGCUUGACUCACGCGACUCAGUCUCCCGCGCUUUUCACCAGUUGCUCAUUUUCCCGCGCUUGUUAGUAUUAGUUUGUUAGCAGUAAAUUGUUUUCCCGCGCUUUUCACCAGUUGCACAUUUUCGCGCGCUUGUUAGUAUUAGCUUGUUAGCAGUAAAUUGCUUUCCCACGCCUGCCGCCACGCUGUCCAAAACUUCCAAGGCUUUUAAUUCAAUCAUACUUUGCAACUGAAGAGCUGGACGAGAACUCAUCACCUGACGCACCUCAAACCUGUGUAACUCCCUUGGGUAAACGUAAGAGACCAUGAUAGUCUUGGUAACAGUCAGAGGUUUCCUUGGCAAGUUGUGGACUGUUUGAGACCAUAGUAACCACGACCGAAACACCAACGACAACUUUUUUAAAACAAACCUCGCAAAUAUUUCAGAGGCAUCCUUUAGAUGAAAAUACUAAGGCAGUGUUUAAUAAUUUCCAUCCAAAAUACACAGAAAUAUGGUCUGUUUGAAGCUGAUGUGUGCAGAAGACAUCCAGAUAUAACGCACGCGCAGGCCACACGGGUUUGCGGUAUUAUUAUGUUUGGCGUGGUUUCAGAAUCUGAAUUGUGUUUUCAGUUGCAAAGUAUGACAAAAUAAUGACUGCAUAAAGUAAUGUUAAUAACUUAAUAAGUCAAUGUGGUUUGUUUAAUACAUCCUUUGUGGUUUUUGCACCGUAUUUCAAACAUUUUGGACAGUUUUGGUGAGUUAAAUUUCGUAUUUAUAUGGAAUCUAAUUUGGUUUUCUAGAUUAGGGCCAGAAUCAUAAGGUAAUUUUCACGGGCUGGUAUGAGUCUCAAAGUGGGCUGAGAUACCAUAAACUGCUACUUAUAAGCCCCCUGCGUAUAAGUCCUCCCGGUUUUUGGCCCAUCGAAAUGUAAACCAAAAAAUGCAUCCGGUUCUAAGCCCGUUCGGAUAUAAGUCCCCCCGCCCCUAGCUUUCCUUGACUUGAAUUCGUUUUAUUAUGAUGUUUUAAAGCUUAAUUACUAGUAAAUGAAAAACCUAUUUUGAUCAACAUGUGUAGCUAUGGCUCGUUUGGAAACGUACGGUUUUUUAUUCGUGUUGUAAGCCCCUCUGUUUAUAAACCCAUCCAAAAGCCCUUACGAAGUUGUAUGAGCCCAGGGCUUAAAAGCGGCAGCUUACGGUAGUUCUUUGACAGGGCUUUUCUGGUCUAAAUUGUACUUAAAUGGUUCCACAAGUGGGAAUCAGAUCAAGGUUCUCCGGGUUAAGGGGGCGUUUUGAGGCCGAAACAGAUGUUAUCUUAUCUCAGAUUUACAGUGUGUUUUGUAAGUUUAAUGCAUUUGCUCGUCUUGUAUGUAAAAUGGUCUCAAUUGACAAAGUUGACUUAACGGCUAUUCACAUUUACCGUCACACUUGAUAAAAAGCAAACAACGAACAACAAAAAUUAAAAGCUGAUUAGAGUGGUUUUAAUUGAGUGUGGUAGGACCAAAACCAAAGUAAUCACUCUAGCCAAUCACAAAAGACCUAGACAAUACAGUGAACCAAUCAAAACUCGAAGAGAUAACAUGUAGCUGACGCAAAGCGCGGAAAACGUGUGCGAAUGAGUCACGAUUGGUUUUAGUUUGACUUCUGACUGGAUGAAAAAUUGGCGCGAGUGAGAGAAAGUUCGUCACAAAGAACAAAGAACAAAUCCGUUUGACUGGACGCAAUCUUGUAGCUUUUAUAAAUAAUUGUAAUAUAGUGUUCGUUGCAUGAUGUACAUAAGCUCCACGUAAGGGAGGGGGUGUAAUUUCUUUGUGGAGUUAUGCCGCUUUGGUCUCAAAGGCCUUACUGCAUUCCCAGCGCUCUCUCGGCUUUGAAAUCCAACAUGGCAGCCAUAUUGGACUGACCAUCAUAUUUUAAAUCCACUCAAUUCAGGAUCAAGCCUGAUAUAUUCUACUUACUGACCAGAAUAUGACGGACAUUGUUUCUCGCCGAGCUCAAACUUCACAACUAGUUCUCUUGCGUGCACUGGAACCCCGCCUUACGGCCACCCCGUUAGCACGGCCACCUCGUUAUCACGGCCACCUCGUUAUCACGGCCACCUCGUUAUCACGGCCACCUCGUCAUCACGGCCACUUUAUUGUGGUCUGAACAAAAGCUCAGUCAGGCCUUUUCUUAUAUAAAGAACCCCCUUAAUUAAGGCCACUCGUUCAGACGGCUAGACCGGAUUGACGGGGUUCCACUGUACUUGAAAAUCAUUUCCAAAUCCAUUUCAGACUGUUAAUCAACUCCAACAUCUCCCCUUUUAGGGCGGCAUAAUCCCAUACUGUAUAUGUAAAUAAAUGACUCAAACCCACACGAAAUAACAAAAAAAUUUCAGACACAUUGUAAAAACCUAUUUUUGUGAUUUCACGGGCAAGACACGGAGAUUUCAAUCGCGUUAGAAGGGCCCUCGUCCCUUCCGCUAACCUUUUGUUAUUUAAAAGAAAAUUGUAACACGAUACAAGUUAGAACUUAAAAUCAGUUGAUGGGGAGAUUAGAUAUAUUAAUGAUCAUAAUUAACGUGUAAACAUGGUUACUUGACGACCUAUCAUUCAUGUAAUACUUAAGGAAUGAUCUGUAAAACAUGUUGUUGAUUAAUAAACAGUUUAUUACUAGA